CUCAGCUAAUUGGCAGGGCUGUGCACAGCAGGAUUGGGCCAAAUCCACUGGCAGACUCUUAUUCCUGUUCUCCAUGCUUCAAAUCAUCCAGCAAUUCUCAAUAUAACUCAAAACUUGUGCAUUCACUUAAGAAUUGUACAAAAAAAAUAGACUUUGAUGUGUUAAAUUAGCAGUUGGAGAACGUCUCAGGCCAAAUUGAUCCAUUUCCCACCAAGAGGAUUAGACUCAGGGAGAUUAGCCCGGCUACUUCUUUUAAUGCUAAAGCUAAAGUGAGCAUAUGGGUGUUUGCUAACCACCUGCUUGCCUGCUGAGGGGACAUCGGCGGAGCAGAAGCAAGCACAGAGGAAGCAAACUGGAAUGAUCGGGCUGGAUGUUUAUCUGGAUCCGGAUGGUCUUCGGGUCGCUACACCUGAAGAUAUAGAGCAGUGGGAAUCAGAGAGGGAAAUGUAUGACCCGAAUGUGCGCCUCUUUGUGGCUCUUUUCUCAUACAAUCCUGCACUGAUGUCACCAAACCCAGAAACUAUGGAGGAGGAACUGCCUUUUGAACAAGGACAGAUCAUCAAAGUUUAUGGAGAUAAAGAUGCAGACGGCUUCUAUAAUGGAGAGACGGGUACUCGAUGUGGUUUUGUACCAAGCAACAUGGUGUCUGAGAUUCCUGUGGAAGACGGGGAGAUUAAACUUCGUCUGAUCCAGCAGGGUUUUUUACCUGAGGAAACACCUUCUAUAGCACCCAGUGAGACUUCCAGUGCGCCAGAUGGAGAGAAGGUCCACAGGAUGGUGGCCAUCUUUGAUUAUGAUCCUUGGGAAAGUUCUCCAAACAUAGAUAUCGAGGACGAGCUUCCCUUCCGUGCAGGAGACAUCAUAUAUGUUUUUGGGGAAAUGGACUGUGAUGGAUUUUAUUAUGGGGAUCUUCAUGGGUAUCGAGGUCUGGUGCCAUCAAACUUUUUGCAACCUCUGCCUUGGGAUUAAAGGAAAUGAACAAUCAGAAAUCAGGAACAGGAGAUUGAACUCAGAUUGAGAGCGUGACAAACUGCAGUCUUGCUUUUAAUUUUCUUUUCACUUUUUAACAAUAUAAUGUGUCUUGUUUCCUACAAUGUACAUGACAGUAUAAUGUGCUCACUAACCUUAGCAUAGGUUAAGUACAUUAAAGGGAAUUAGAUUUUGAUUAAUACAAAAGAUUUUCAGAAGCAGCUUGCAUAUAGCCUUAAAACAUUAUGUUCAUUUAAUAACUGUCGUUUUAUACUUUUUGUCUUUUUUAAUAGCCAGCCUAUUGAAAAGGGUGGUACUUAUUUCUCAAAAAGUGAAUCUUUUUGCAGUUAUUCUCCCAAAUUUGCAUUAUGUGGAUCAAAUACUGCAUUUUAGUGACAUCAAGCAGGAUUAUUUACUGCAUUAGCUUGUGGUGAUGAUGGUGACUAUAAACACAUAUUUCGAUUCAACAAAAAUAUUUCCUACAAUUUUGUCAAAGUGCUUACCAUACUGUUUUACUACAAAGUGUUCAUUUAGAAAUGUGCGUUUGAACUAAUUAAUUACAGUUUUAUAAAUAAUGUUAUGAGAUUAGAAUUUUAAAUUAAACAUUUUUAAAUAAAAAAUAUGAAACAAUACUUAUAUUUAAAAUUUUGUCAUCAUGCAUUAUUAUUUUGGAACGAACAAUAUAUCAAAACAAUCUGAAUUUUAAAAGAUGUCUUUAGAAAUCUGACUUCAGUUGUCUUAAAUUUCAGAUGUUCAAUAUUCAAGUUAUACAUUUGUAAUUCAAGUUAAGAAAUUCAAAUUCAA